AUGACCUUAAUUGGACUCUAGUGCUUCUUCAUUCCAGCAUUUGCUAGUGGGCCGGUGAGAAAGCGAAUCUUUACUGAAAAUUUUAUGAACUACUUCGUAGAUCUACACAAAGAAGAACUUAAGCAUUCAUAAACUCAAGAUGAACCCAUAAAGUCUACUAGUAAGGGGUAUCCAGAUCAUGGCAGUGGUGUGCAUUCAAUGAAACUUAGCUAUAGAGACUGGUUUGACUUCAACAAUGCCGUGAGAGUUCAUAUGAAUUUAAUUGAGCAACUACCACUCAUCAUGGUUCUCCUUGUCUUAGCUGGACUUAAAUCUCCAUUUGUCACUCUUAUUUGUGCCAUUGUUUACUUUCUUUUGAGAAUAGUGUUCGCUGUGGGAUAUUUUAAGUUUGCACCUAGCUAUAGAAUUUAUGCAACCCUUCCUAUGCUCUUGCUGAAAAUAUUACUUCUCGUCUACAGCUUUUAGACUGUUCACGCUGUCUGUCAAUAUGGAUCAUAAAAAUGA